AAGUUUUGUUUGUGUUUUUUUUUUUAACGACAGCUGCUUUUAGUAUUUCUAUUCCUUUUCCACACCACCUUUUCUUGUGAUGCUGUGUUUAGCUAUUAAAAGCUAAGGUGGUGUUACACCACACGGAUUUCGGCCUUACGUAAUGUUAAAACCUGGAAGAGAAACACCCAAUAGUUUGAUGUUGAUCCUCUUCAACCACGGUGCUUCCCUCCACCUCAGAAAUACUGCCACUUUCAUUCUACAUGGGAUUUCUUGAAAACUUCAAGGGUUGAGUCCACUCGGUGAGGUUAAGCAGACCGAUAGAUCGCCACGUUAUUUGUUGUGCUCCUUCACGAGACGUUCUUGAAUGUCACUGGAACUGUUGCAAAGACGCAUAUGCAGCUGGCCUGCACUGCCUGAUGUUUUUCUUAGUUUAUAUUCCUCUGCUUGUUGCUGGGCCCUGUGUUUGCAACAGGGCUUGGUGAAUAAAAACUGAAGUAAAGCAGAGGCGCCAAGAGAUAGGGUUUUCCUCCGUUGUGCAUAACUCUUUCGUCCUUUACUCACGCCUUCAUCUCAGUUAUUUGAAAAUCAGAAUGAUAAAUGUACUUCCUCCUGGCAUACCGUAGGCUCCUGAAAUAAGAGUAUUUCAAACAGUUGUCUGACUGCAAUGUGUUGAGAAAGCUGAUGUCGUGAAUUUAAAACAGUGUCCUGCAGAACCUGUCUUAACAGGACUGAUGGGAGAGAGCGAUCAUGAUUUGUGGUGAUCCCAGCAGUGCUGCUCCGCUGAUGUUUUUUGAACUGGAUUUUAUUGGCAUCAUUCUUUACUGUGGCGGAUGGGCGAUUGUAUCCUCAAACCGAGUUUUAACUCCUGUUCUAUGUGGUGGUGAACCAGGGGCUUGCAGCUUAGUAAAUCCAAUGCAGUUUGAUUCGCUGUGCAGAUGUGUUUUGUUGGUGAGGGAUCCCGCAGUGAAACUCAGAGAACUUGCUGGAGUUGCUAAGGAAAUGCCCGCUGAUUAGGGUAGGAUUUGGUGUUUCUUUAAAAUGUGUUGCUUCAAUAUUUUAUUUUUCUAUUUUUUUAAUAUAUUGAAGUACUACUUAGCUGAAAAGUCAGGUAGCUUCAUCUCAGAAACAGACAGAAUGGAUUUUGGAAAAAACUGUAGUAAGAGGAAAUCUCUUCCUGAGUGGUGGUGUGCAGAGAUCAGGAGAACUUGUGGUUGUGGUGUUGUAAAGAGGGUGCAAGGCAGCUGGUCUUGAGGCAGGAGUGCAGGAUAAUCUCGAACACUGAUUGUUGGCAUAUUCUUGUGAGGCAUCUGCAAAGUCUGAACUGAUAGCUUUUAGCAUUUGACUGGUUUAGAUUCCAGCACAAGGAGGCAUAAACUCUUUUGUGUAGCGUGUUACUAGAGCAUGUUUGGUAACCUUUGCUUUUGCGUGCCUCCUGACGAUGUGAUAAGUUAGCUGUCUGUAAUGCUGCCCGGAGAAUUUAAGCUCAGGUUGUUCCUCCCAGGCAUGUGCUGGUGAUGCUGAUAAACAGGCACGCCAGCUGCUGGAACCUAGAACAGCUGCAGAGCUGUGUGCAGUGCAGGACUAUGUGAUUGCUACCAUCAUUAACCCAUUAAUAUUGCAGGUUUUCCCUGUUGAGUGCUUCUGGAAAUUGUGCUGAAAUGGGAGCACCCAAGUUUACUUUCUCACAUCUGUCGUAUGCUGCCUCAUCUUAAACUGCCAAACAUCAAUAUCUUCUGCGGAUCUUAGACUGUUACACCACUCUAUAAAAGUUUAGAGAAGAAUGUGCUGCUGUAUAGAUUUCAGACUCUAAGCACGUUAUGAAUAAUACUGUCUUUAUUUCUACAGUGGGAGCCAAGAAGAAAGGUUUGCUCCCGGGUGGAACAGGGAAUAUCCUCCUUCCCUUGAUAGUCAUGCUCAAGAAAGACACUCUGGCAACUUCUCUGGCAGAGAAUCACUUCCUUUUGAUAUCCAGGCACUCGCAGGCCUCCUCAAUCCUCAGUUUGCCAACAGAGAGGAACCUUCUUUCAGCUUUGGAGCCAGAGAUGGACCACGUAGUGACCUCAGAGGUAGGGAAGGGCACCACGAUUUCAGGGGCAGAGAUUUCCCACCGUCUGACUUUCAGAGCAGAGAUGAGUCUCAGCUGGAUUUCAGAGGCAGGGAACCACCCCCUUCUGAGUACAGGGGCAGAGAGAUGUACUCCGGAGACUUCCGGGAGAGAGAAGGGCCACCUAUGGACUUCAGGGGUGGGGACGUUCCUUCAGUGGACUACAGAAACAGGGAGACGUUCCGUAUGAACUACAGGGACAGGGAAGCACAUAACAUGGAUUACAGGGGCAGAGAUGAGCCUCCGUCAGACUUCAGGGGGAGGGGGUCUUUUGAUCUGGACUUCAGAGGUCGAGAUGGAUCUCAUUCGGACUUUAGGGCAAGAGAUGUCCCUGAGUUAGACUACAGGGGCAGAGACCAUUCCUAUUCUGACUUCAGAAAUAGGGACGUACCUGAUUUGGACUUCAGGGGUAUGGGCACAUCUGAUCUGGACUUCCGAAACAGAAACGCACCAUCGUCAGAUUUCAGAAAUAGGCACAGGUCUCGGUCUGAUCAGGAUUUUAGGAGCAGAGAGAUGGCUCCUCCUAUGGACUUUUCAGAGAGGGAAAUGCCUCCUGUGGAUCAAAGCCUUGUAGAUUUUAGGCGCAACCAGUCUACUGUACCUGUAGCAGAAAGAGAGGGCUCCGGUUUAAGCACCAGCAAGAGAGAGGAGUCUGCACUUGGUUUAGAUAGAGCUCCUUUUGGUAGCCAGAAAGGCGAAUUUCAACAUCCAGAAGCACCAGCCAGAGAAGAGGAAUCCCUUGGACUGAGUCUCAAAGAUGACGCCUCACACAAUUUCCAAAACAGCCGUGGACCUCUUCCUACUACCCUUCAGGACCAAGAGGAGCAACCUCAGACCUUUGCUAACAAGCAACAGCAGCAGCAGCAGCAGCUUUCUGGGGGGGAACAGCAAAGAUCUGAUUCUGAUCUUGGGUUGAAAGGUGAAGGUGAUCUGGAUUUCCUGGGACGGCAAGAUACGGACUACAGAAACAUUGAGUACCGUGAUGUGGAUCACCGGCUGCCAGGGCAUCAGAUGUUUGAUUACGAACACGGCAAGUCCUUUUCAGAAGGAAAACCCAGCAAAGAUUCUAGGCCCUAUAAGAGCCUUCAGGACCAAGAUUACCGGACCUGCCCCAAAUACGUGAAGCCAAGCAAGCUCAUUCGGCUAGGAGGAGUGCCUGAAACUGCCACAAAGGAUGAUAUUCUCAAUGCUUUCCGAGGGCCGGAUGGGACACCUGUGAAGGACUUGCGACUGAAAGAUUACAGUUCAGGUUACGACUAUGGCUAUGUCUGCGUGGAGUUUUCACUCUUGGAAGAGGCCAUCGGAUGCAUGGAAGCCAACCAGGGAACUCUUUCGAUCGGUGGCAAAGAAGUGACCCUUGAGUACACUCCGUGCCCAGAGUUCUGGCGCUGCAAACGUUGUAAGGUGUGUACUGUGGGCUACAGAUCUUCCUGCUCCUAUUGCAAGCUCCCAAGAGAUGGGAGCAGAGCAGGCCCAGAGUCCAGAGGUGGUUCUGAGGGAGAGGACGCAUCAGCUGAGCAAGAAUUCACAGAGGCAAAGCUUGAAAAACCUGAGCAAGAGUUAUCAGUACAACCAGAAUCUCCAAAGCAGCCUCUCCAGCCUUCAGUUCCUGCUCCACAGCAGGAGUGCCAGCCUCAAGAACAGGAGCCAAGGAAAAGAGAUGAAGGCAGAGAGCGGCGGCCCUCGCAGGAGAAGAGAAGGGACAUGGACAGGCACCAGGAGCUGCCUUCUCAGAGAGAAGCAGAGGAAGCCACAGCACAGGAAGGUGGAGGAAGCAGAACAAUUAUGCUGAAGCGUAUUACACGAUUCACCCCCCCAGAAGUGAUUGUGGGGCUCCUGGCUCCAUAUGUGCAGCUCUCCACGUCCAGAGUGCGCAUCAUGAAGAACAAAGCUGGCCGGAUGGGACAGACCUAUGGCUUCAUUGAACUGGAUUCACAUGCUGAGGCGCUGAGGUUGCUAAAGAUACUGCAGAAUCUGGAUCCCCCCAUGUGCAUUGAUGGACGUACGGUGGAAGUGAAUCUUGCUACAGGGAGGAGAAGCAGGAAUGACUACGGGGAGCACAGUGACAAUUCCUACUAUGGACAGGGCAGAAGGGGCAUGAGAGACAGGAGGGGCAACGAAUCACAGAGACGCACCAGAGCACAGUCUCCAUCAGAUGUGUCCACAUACAUUUAUGAUCCUGAAACUGGGAAUUACUACGAUCCCAUAGCUGGGACAUACUAUGACCCCAGGACUCAGAGAGAAGUCACGAUAGACCGAGAAUCCUGCUCAUCACCCAUAGAGAACAAAAGGCGGCGACAUGGAAGCCAAGAACGGACAAAUGAAAGGAAGGAACCACACAGCAGAGACAACAGGGACAAAAAGGAGAAAGGGAAAAAUACUUCUUCUAAGAAUGAGCCUGGAGAGGAAAGGUUCUUCACAGAAGAUGUCUUCAAAAAGCCAUUACCACCCUCUGUGAAAAAGGACGAAAGUGCAAGCUUGAAUGAGUCUGGAGAGGAGAAGUUCUCUGCAGAAGAUGUCUUUAAGAAACCAUUACCUCCCUCUGUGAAAAAGGAUGAGAGUGCAGCCCCGCCCAAGGUGGUGAACCCUCUGAUAGGUCUUCUGGGAGAGUAUGGAGGAGACAGUGACAACGAAGAGGAAGAGGAAGAGGAGGAACAGGCACAGUGGCUGCCACCUCCCCACCCACCAGCACAGCGCGAGGAGCAGCCGAGGAAGGCCAAGGCGAGCGACGACAAGCUGACUGACUGGAACAAGCUGGCUUGCUUGCUGUGCAGGAGGCAGUUUCCCAACAAGGAAGUGCUCAUCAAGCACCAGCAGCUCUCCAACCUGCACAAGCAAAACCUGGAGAUACAUAUGAAGAUCAAACGAUCUGAGCAGGAACUGGCAUAUUUGGAGAAGAGAGAGCGUGAGGGGAGAUACAAAGACAAAGGAAAUGACCGAAGAGAGAAGUUCCAGCAAAUGGAUUCACCAGAGAGGAAACGACUCAGAUAUGAUCGGGACUCGGAGAGUGACUAUGAUCCAAGGAUUGACAGUAACAACAAAGGAAACCGAAUGUUGCAGUCCACAGGGUGGACAAAAGGCCUUGGCUACAACCAGCAGGGUACAACAUCACCAACGGAGGUGGAAAAUCGGAAGAGGGGACCUGGCUUGGGGGCCCAAGGGAAGCCCAGCAAGAGGCAGUCCAACGAGACUUACCGUGAUGCUGUCAGGAGAGUCAUGUUUGCCCGCUACAAGGAACUUGAGUGAAUGGUGGAAAAAACCCCAAGCCUGUCUCUCUCCAUCUCUGUCUCUUUCUCUGUGUCAUGUUCUUUUUUUUUUUUUGAAUUGUUACAGGUUUUGCUGCUAGAUUUUUUUUAAUAAAACUGAAAAUUUGUCAGUGCUUGUCUCUUGCCUGAAAUGGCAUGUUUGAAAGGAUGCGUUGCUUUGGAAGAUCCCCAUCAUGUUUUGCUGUCUGCUGACGAGGUCCCUGGGGCUUGUGUUCAUGUCAGGGUCAGGUGCUCCUGGUGCCACGUACUCUUGGGUCAGGAAGUGAACAGAGAGCAGAAGACAGCCCCGAGGCCUGGGAGGAAGUUGGGAGCAGGAGCAACUUGUGUGGGAUUCAUCCUGGUUUUUAGCAAGGACAGUUGGGUUCGAUUGGUAGCAAUUUAGCUCCAUAGCUGAAGCUCUGAUUAAUGCUGGGCAUCAUCUGGGCUUCCCAACCAGGGCAGAGCCCUUCCCUUCUUCCCUGGAGAAGGGCUGGAUCUGUUGGCAGCACCUCUGGGGAGCUUUGUGGGGAUGUAGAUAGCCCUGCUGCUCCGUCAUGGCAGGGGCUGCGUAGUGUCCGGCGGGGGACUGUUUGAUAGCAGCGUGUUUGGUUGGGGAAAGGCUGUUUUGGGCAAGUGCUCGCACAGCCCAGGGAGGCGCAGAAGCAGCACCUUGGGCAGGGCUGUGUAACAGGGAUGGUUUGGCUGAAGCAUGAUGGAAGCAUGUGUGUGUGUGAGCACAGCGGGGACCACAGGUGAGGAGGCUGAGUGUGGUCUGUACAGGUAAGGACAAUGCUGGUGGCUAGCAGGAGCAGACCGUGUGCCAGAGCAGCAGGGGAGUGGUGACGGAGCUGCCCCGGCCUGCACGUGCAUACUGCUUCCCUGGGUGCCCGGCAGAGAGCCAGCCCUGACGUUGCUUUCAAAUAUCUCAAAGCAGGGAAAACCAGAGGUGUGUGGAAGCUGAAGGCAGCAAUAUUUGGAGAUAAAGGGCCGCCUCCAACACCUGACAACUUCUAAAGAGAGCAGAAGACCCGUCCAAGCUUCAUUUCUUUGUCUCCAACAAAGGCAACCCCAGGGAAGUGUGGAGUUCUCACUUGGUGGCACCCCAGUUCUCAGUGCUGCACCCAGUGAUGGAGGAUUUGGGGACCCCCAUCAUGGUUCUGGGGAUGUGCCAUGCGUGGCUUGAAAACAACACUCGCCUGGACUGAGGAAAACAUCCCUGUACAAUCUCAUGGAAAAUCAAGCUACAUUUGAUAUUGUCUUAUUCCCUCUGGAUUCCUCUUCCCCACGAUAACUCAGCAGGUGUCUCUGUGUAAUAAUUCCCUUGAAGGGGUGUGUUUGUGUGUGUUAAGGAUUAAUACUGAUACAACAGUGAGUUGGGACCUUCUAAGCAGAACAUACUGAUGUAGAGCUACAGUUGUACUUCCGGUAGCUUUCUGAGAAGAAGAAAACAGAAAGUGGGAUGUGGACAGAAUUGUGUAAAGGGGAAGGAGAGAGAAUGAGUGAGCAAAGGAACCAGUGACCAUGCUUCCCUCUGCAAGGACAGAAGAGAUGCAACUAUGGACUGCCCCCUCUCAGCUCCAGCACGUCCAGAAAAACCUCUCCCUGUUGAGGAGUGAGGUGACAGAGAGGGAAGUUGUUGUGCAAGGCAGGACUGGGAUUCUUGUGCUGUGGAUUCAAUAAAACAAGUGCUGCUUUA